AUGUCCGCAAAUCCUUUACCUGCUUUGCUUAUCAACUCCUCCAUGAAAGGCACAGCCUUGUCGGAGACCAAAGGAGAAUUAGAAAAAAAUGUUUUGGCUGUCUGGAUAACUUCCUCACUACUCAGCAAGAAAAUUACGAUUACUGUAAAAACUAAAUUGCAAAACUUGCCACUUAACCAAAGUAAAAAUCCUAGACCAAGCCAAGUCUCAACUCCCGAAGUUGGAAAAAAACUUGGAGCAAAUCACCCAACUUCGGCAGCAACUCCAAGCCCAUGA